UCUUCGUUUGCAAUAUUGAAAUGGCAACCAUAACGGAGAACAGGGACAUUACGAUUAAAAAAAAUCUGUCGGAAUGGUGGAGUGAAGAAACUGAAUAUAUUUUUCAGAGGAUUAGGAGAUGGGCGGCCUUUGCACGUGGUUAUAAUCGUUUUCGAUCGCAGAGGUGGCUCAAGAAUCAGCAAACAAUGCAAGAUAAUUGGAACAUGUCUUCCGACGAAACUCCGAUAGUAUUCCACAGUCUCAAACAAUCCAGAUGGAAAUUGUCUCCAGGGGAGAUUAAGAUAAACUGCUGUGGUACUUUCAAUUAUCAAUCAAACAGUGAGCUGGACAGCAAUUGCUUAGAAAUUCAUCAGUAUGACCAUAGCAUCUACUUCAAGACUAUCGGUGAUAUUAGAAGUGACAAGAGACACCAAAUUCAGAAUCCGGACGAUGCAUCUAUUAAUAGCGAGGAGUAA